CUAAAAAUGUCCAGCUGCUGACCAAACAGCGAUUGCAUAUCGCCCAACAAACAGUAUUCGCCCGAACAAACCACCACGCCGAAACACACCACGGGUGCGAGACUCGGCUAAUAGUCACAGUGCAGCCCUGGAAGAUGGCCGAAGCGACGCGGUGCUGACCUGGCCACACUGCAACGCCACCCGAUUUAGUUGCUGUUUUUUUACAUAACUCGCCACAUUCGUUCGCCUCGGAAUCGUGACAUACAUAUAUACACAUAUAUAUGAUAAUACACCAUAUAUUAUGGCCGUUUUCCUGAUCAACGUCUGCAAGUACAAUGGCUGCGGCAUCACCUUUCCGAGCUUGAGCGAUCUGAUUUCCCACAUUGAGGACACCCACAUAGACUAUGACCCCAAGGUGGUCGAACAGAAGGAGCAGGCCCAGCCUGCCUGCCUGCCCUUGAGCUACGUCCUGCGCUUCAUCACCGAGGAGACCCGCAAGGAGGCGGGCUCGUUCCUGGCCAGCAGCAACACCAACGCCCCACCGACCACCAACAGCGGAUCGAAUGCCGCCGGCCACGGGAGCGGCAAUGUGGAGCUCAAGCGAAAGUUGGCCAUCAAGCACCACAGCUACAGUAUGUCCUCGUCUAACCGCAGCACCACGCCCACAGGCAGCGAAAUGGAUGAGGACGAAAUGGUGGUCACGGAGUCGGAGGAUAGCAACGACUCCUGGACCACCGAGGAGUUCAGCUCCGAGUUUAUCAUGCGCUAUGGCAGCAGGCAUUCCGGUGGCGGAAACAACGGCACGCCCGGCAAUGAGAAACCCUUCGCCUGCCCUGUCCCGGGAUGCAAAAAGCGUUACAAGAACGUCAACGGCAUCAAGUACCAUUCGAAGAAUGGCCACAAAAAGGAUGGAAGUUCUAUGUUCCACAGGGUUCGCAAGGGCUACAAGUGCCACUGCGGCAAGAGCUACAAGACGGCCCAGGGCCUGAAGAACCACGCUCUGCACACCCACAACUCGCAGCCGGAUAGCGUGUUGAAUGCCCAGCUGGCGAACGCGUUGGCCAUUGGCGAUAGCAACGCCACGCCCGUCGGCAGCAGCAGCAGCAACACCUCCUCCAAUCCAACCACAACCAACCCGCCGCCCGUCAUCCAGCGCAGCAACUCGCCGUCGCAAUCGCUGGGCUCGCUGAGUCCGUCGAGCAUCAGCAACAUGUCGAGCAGCGCCAGCAGUUGUCACGGUGGCAGCAGCAGUCUGUCGAAUGGGAACGGCAAUGGGAAUGGGAAUAACAAUGGUGGCAGCAACAGCGCAUCCAGCAACACCACUGCCAUUCUCACUGGCAACGGGAAUGUCCUGCAGCAGCUCAGCGCCGGGAACGUGGUCACCCUGACCAAUCUUCCCACCCAGCAACAGCAGCAGCAGCAGCAACUCCACCAGAACUCCACUGCAACAGAAACCUCUUACUCCUGCUCAAACAACAGCAACCUCAGCAAUCCGAACAGCAACCACAGCGAUUCCAGCAAGCCGCCAACGACGACGCACCACCAGUCCGUCAGCAAGAGGUCCACAGCAACCGCUCCGGCCGCGAAGCCAGCAGCCCUGCCCAUGCAGAUCUCGCCCAACUUCAUUGAGCACAAGUAUUCGGCGCUGGCCAUGAAGGAGAAGUUCUUCCUGAACCUGAGGGCCGGCAAGGCGGCAGUGUCCAGUUCAUCGGGAGGCGAUGGACACCAAGCGGACGUGGGAGGAUCCGGUGGCUUGCGGGCGGUUGCUGUGGGCCAAAUGUGCGCGCUGCAAAACGAGCACAUUCACCAAAAUCUCUACAAGAAAACGAUCAACUGAUCGGAGGAGGCGGAAACGCUGGGCGCCGCUGAGAAGCAAGAGAGUUGGCUGUGAUGAAGUAGUAACUAACUGACUAACAAAACCGGACGAGAGGCGGAGAAAGAGGAUUCGUCAAUAAGGCAGAGAAGGGGAAAAGAACGCAGAAGCUGCAGCAAUUUAAGGAGGAGGAGGGAUUAAGGAGAAGAUGUGAGGCAGAUGUAAGGUCCUUAGAGAAGUUUUCCAAGACAAGGCAACCGCAAGAAGCAAGAAUUUCCAUUGGCUUCCAAAUGUAAUAACCACAAAAUGCAAAAACAAAUUCCAUGCAUUUCGCAAUUAUGAAAAAAUCACCCAAAAGCACACACAAAACAUUAAACUAAAAUACAUUAAAACUAAUCUCAACCAUAUUAAGCAGGCCUGCUUAGAAAAGCUUCUCUAAAACAGCUUUAGAUAAUUUUAAAAUUAAAAUCAAACAAAAAAUAACGAAAAAAAGAAUUAAAUUUACACCACAAAAUUUUAGUAAAUACAUUUGGAGAGUUUUCUUCAACUAGUCAUUAUUGUAGUUAAAUUAAAUUUUUGAUUUUAUACACGCGUAAAAAAACGAGAAAUUUCUAACCGACUGGUUGGUGGAAUUGCCGCACCCUAUAUUUAUAACUUUAGAAACUACUUUCCCCUGUACAAUUUCAAUGAAAUCUUACCAAGCGGGGUUCUCCCAACCAGUUGGUUAAAUCAUUUUAAUUCAAAAGUCAAAAAUUGUCUAAAAGAGAUCCGCAGUUGAAGGAGAACGUGGAAAUGGAGCAGGGAAAUGGAAAACGUUCUCGUGCGAACCAUUUGAAUUAGGAAAAUUAUAGGUCGCGAACUUGCCAGGGCAACUUCAAGCGAUCCGAAUGCAAAAAACAAAUCGGAGAUGCAACAAUUUAUAAAUGUCGAAUAUUUCAAGCAUAAAAUAGUUAGCUACAAAUUUAGGGGAAGCCAGGAGGCGUUUCCACUUAGGAGCCACAAUAACUCUACAGUAGUUAUAGUAUUAUAAUUAUAAAUUACGCUAUUAUUUAUACGACAGAGCAUACUUCUGUAGCUGUGUGAGUGUGUAUCCGUGCAUGUAUUGUAAUUGUUUAUUUAUAGUGUUCGAACGUCCCUAAGUGUAAAGUCCCCACAAGAAACCACAAAAACAAAUACAAAAUAUACGAUAUGAAUACAGAAAUAUAUUUGUGCAUACUCUCGACGAUUGUACUUCAUUGCAUGCCUCUAAAUUCGAUCGAACUUCCUAUCCUAGCAGAAUCGGGUUCCUUAAGCAUUCAAACAGAACAAAAAAAAGAAAUUUUAGCCACGAUAUUUACAUCAAGUAUACCUACAUCAAUUUAGUCAGCCGCCAAAACAAAAUAUAACGAAACAAUACAGAACAUAACUUUUUCAGAGCGCAUUUCGCAGACGCCCAGCGUCUUAAAAAUUGAUCACAACUAAGCUAAAUAGUUCAGCGUCCCUAAUAGAUAUAACACGUAGCUAUCGAUGCAUACUUACAUCUAAAUACAAUAUGGUUAAGACCUCACGCUUAAGCGACUCCCAACGGAUCGCCCUAGUUUAGCCAAACAUCUUUUAUAGACGGAAACUGUCUUCGGUCCCCGAAGCCCCAUCGAGUUUUCGGGCACCCGCUCGAUCACUCGCAUUCAAACUUUCAAAAUGGAUAAUGAACUCAAAACCCUCUAAUGAAAACAAUAAAUUGAGUAUGUCAUUUUAAAUAAGACUGCUGUUAUGUUCGUAAAUAUAUUUAAUAUAUGUAUGUAAAAUUAACAAAAAACAAAACCACACACAAAAAAAACUAAUAAAAUGGAAAUAAUAACUUUUAAAUAAAAAAAAUCACAAAAUCGAGAAAAUUAAUAAAAAUUGAAAUGAAUAGUUGACGUAUUCGUACUAUACCUACAUACUAUGUACUAUAUAAUGUAUUGUAAUUGUAAUUUACUAAAAUCGUAGAGAAUUAACUGAAGUCUUAAAAUAGAUCAUCGACAUCCACAUCAACACGAACCCGAGAAAGUCGCUACACAAAAUGGAGCAGCAAACUCAAAAGGGAUUAAUGAUACAUCCAUAUAAGCCACAAAAAAAAACACAUUAUCAUCCACAACAACAACAAAAUGUAGUAAAAUAUUCUCUUUUUGCUUUAUGUGAUCUAUUACAUACUACAUUAACAUAUGUAUAAUAAAAAUGUCCUUCAAAAACAAAGUUGAGUAA